AUGAAUUUGAUCUUAUGGUACUUGGUUGUGGCACUUUGGUGCUUCUGCAAAGACGUGGAAGCCUUACUUUACCGACAAAAAUCAGAUGGUAAAAUAGCAGCAAGCAGAUCAGGUGGCUUCUCUUAUGGUAGUUCAUCCUCUGGUGACUUUGACAGAAAAAAGCCAUUCUUUAGCUUAGGACUUGGUGCUCCAGGAAAGGCUGAAGACAAGUCCGGAGACAGACAGGAUGCUGGAAGUUCAAAGUCAGAAGACACCCCACCAGGUGGCUUUUUUUAUGGUAAUUCAUCCUCUGGUGACUCAGACAAAAAAAAGCCACUCUUUAGCUUUGAAUUUGGUGCUACAGGAGAGGAUGAAGACAAGUCCAGAGAACGCUGGGAUGCUGGGAAUUCAAGGUCAGAAGACAGCCCAGCAGAUAGCACCAACACAAGAUAUGGUGCUGGCUUUAGUAGCAGUGGUGCCUCUCUGGAUGUGGGAUUUGGUUGGGGGACAUCUGAUGAAAAGGGAUUGGAAGUCGGUAAAGCUGAUGGGAGUGAAACUAGAGGCAGUGGAUCUGCUGGGGGUGAUACCAUAGUCUUUGGACCUGACGCAGGUAGCUCAGUUGGAACUGGUUCUUCUGGUUUGAAACUUGGAGCAGGGAAAGGUGAUGCUGCAUUUGGUUUUGAAGUUUCUGAUUCGAAUUCAUUUGGUGACACUGGCAUUAGUAGCAAAACAGUUGAAGGAAAUCAAACGAGUAGUUCUGGAGGAUCUGUUUCCAUUGAUCUAGGUGAUACCAGUUUAAGAAGUGAGAAUCAAUUUGUUGGUGGUAGCUCUCGAAAUUCGAUAUCCAAUUUAUGGGAUUCUGGUCAAGAGGGAUUUGGAAUCAAUGAAAUUGGAGGGAGUGGAAUGAGUGGCAGUGUAUCUGCUGAGGCUGGAUUCAAAGGUUUUGGAUCUGAUGCCAGUAGCUCAGGUGAUUCAAGUGCAAGAAAUGGGUUUGAAAAUUCUAGUGGUAUCUCUGAAGAUUCAGGAGUCAUAUUGGGGUCAUCUGAUCAACAUGAAGUUGAACUCAGUAGAACUGGUGGGAAUAGAAAGAGAAGCAGUGAACCUGCUGAGGCUGGAAACUUGAGUCCUGGAUCUGAUGUCAGUGACUCAGGAGGAAACACUUGGUCUUCUGGUUCUGGAAGUGGUGAAGGAAGUGUCACAAGCUCGUCUGAAUAUAGUACGUCUGGACCACUCAAUACUCCAGAAAAAGGAUCCCACAUUCCAGAAGCAACUCCAAAAUACUCAGAAACAAAUGCAAUUAUUGGUGAAAUAUCUACCUGGAGCAAAGGAGCAUAUAAAUCUUUCAACGGCCGCAUCUUUUUCUUUGAAUCUUCAUGCCCGUACACUUUCUGCCGUCACUGCGUUGAAUCUGGAGGGGAUUUCAAUAUUGAGAUCAAACGAAACAAUGAUAGUGAGAUUGAAAAAAUAACAGUUCUAAUUGACAAUAACGACAUCUCUAUUUUUGGUGACACCAUUUUAGUUAAUGGAGAAAGUGUACAGAUACCAUAUAACAAUAAAUUGAUUCACAUAAAAAAAUAUGGAGAACAUAAUGUUCUGAAUAGCCGUAGAGGAAUCCUGACUUUAAUGUGGGACAAAAAUAACAAACUCUCACUCACUCUUCACAAGCAGUAUCCAACUUGUGGUCUUUGUGGUAACUUCAACAGCACUCCAGGGCAAGAUAUUAAUGAGCACAUUGCCAAUAGUAAAAUUCCUGGUGAUUGUCCCAAUGCUGUUGGUAAAAGCUAUGAAGUUUGUGAAGAUGGAAUACAGCACUGUAACAAAAUUAUUGGAACCUACUUUGAGAAAUGUGGAAAGGUUGCUGCUCUAUCCAAUGACUACAAAAUGAUCUGCAUUGAUGAAUACUGCCAAACUAGAGACAAAACAUCUACAUGUGACACUUAUUCAGAACUGUCCCGCCUCUGUGCCUCAGAUGGUCCUGGCACCUUUGAAUCCUGGCGAAGCGAUUCCGAUGUGGUUUGUGAAACACAAAGAUGUCCAGAACAACAUAUCUACAAAGAAUGUGGACCCUCCAACCCUGCAACUUGUUCUAAUGUGGCUCCUUUUCAAGACAGUGAAUGUGUGAGCGGCUGCACCUGCCCAGAAGGUUAUCUGUUGGAUGACAUUGGAGGGAAAGGAAAAUGUGUAUUAAAAGCUGAAUGUCCCUGUGAAUCCAGUGGAACAGUGUAUCAGCCAGGAGAAGUCCGAGAAGGUCCUUGUGGUUCUCAGUGCACAUGCCAAGAUGCAAAGUGGUCUUGCACCGAAGCAUUAUGCCCUGGAAGAUGUAAGGUGGAAGGAAGUUCCCUUACCACCUUUGAUGGUGUUAAGUACAACUUUCCUGGAAACUGCCACUUCCUGGCCAUUCACAAUGAAGAUUGGUCUAUUAGUGUUGAGCUCCGUCCGUGCCCAAGUGGUCAGACAGGAACGUGCUUAAAAAGCGUUACACUUCUCUUGAAUUCUUCUGUUCCAGUUGACAAAUACAUAUUCAACAGUGAUGGAACAGUCACAAAUGACAAGAUUAGAAAUCAAGGUUAUUACUAUUCAGAUAAAAUACAGAUAUUCAGUGCAUCUUCCUCAUACCUUCAAGUAGAAACAUACUUUCAUGUGAAACUACAAAUACAAAUUGUUCCUGUGAUGCAAUUGUAUGUUUCCAUGCCACCCAACCAAUUCACAGACACUGUGGGACUCUGUGGUUCCUACAACAACAAAGCAGAGGAUGAUUUCAUGUCAAGUCAGAAUAUAUUGGAGAAGACAUCUCAGGCAUUUGCUAACUCUUGGGAAAUGAUGUCCUGUCCUAAAGGAAACCCCUCUUCAUGUAUUGGUAUAGAAAAAGAAAAAUUUGCUGAAAGGCACUGUGGAAUUCUUCUUGAUUCAAGUGGGCCUUUUGCUUCCUGCCACCCAAUUGUGAACCCUAAACCCUAUCAUGAGGAAUGCAAAAAGUAUACUUGCACUUGUGAAAACAGUCAGGACUGCCUAUGUACAAUUUUAGGCAACUAUGUGAAAGCGUGUGCUGAGAAGGAAACAUACAUAGUGGGAUGGAGAACUGGCCUAUGUGAACAUUCUUGCCCAAGUGGCCUAGUGUUCAAGUACAAUGUAAAAGCCUGUAAUAGUUCUUGCCGAUCCUUGUCAGAAAGAGAUAGGAGCUGUGAUGUAGAAGAUGUUCCAGUUGAUGGAUGCACCUGCCCUGAUGAAAUGUACCAGAAUAAUGAAGGAAACUGUGUACUGAAAUCUCAGUGUGACUGUUACAUAAAUGACGAGGUCAUGCAACCAGGCAAACUCAUCCAUAUUGAUGACAAUAAAUGCGUCUGUCGGGAUGGAAUUCUUCUUUGCCAGAUUCCCAUUGAUUUAACCCUACAAAAUUGUUCUGGAGGGGCUGAGUAUGUAGACUGCAGUGAUCCCAAGGCACAGAGAAGAACCGACAGAACAUGCAGUACUCGGAACAUACCUGUUUUUGAUGAGAACUUGCCUUGCAAACGUGGGUGCUUUUGUCCAGAAGGAAUGGUUCGAAAUUCUAAAGGGAUAUGUGUCUUUCCUAAUGACUGUCCAUGCUCUUUUGGUGGACGAGAAUAUGAUGAAGGAAGUGUCACUUCUGUUGGCUGCAAUGAAUGUACCUGCAUUAAAGGGUCUUGGAGUUGUACCCAAAAUGAAUGUCAAACCAUCUGCCACAUCUAUGGGGAAGGUCAUGUUAGAACUUUUGAUGGGAAGAGUUACAGUUUUGACGGUCUCUGCCAGUAUUCAUUUCUUGAGGAUUAUUGUGGUCAUGAAAAUGGCACAUUUCGUAUUUUAACGGAGAGUGUUCCUUGCUGUGAAGAUGGGCUAACGUGCUCAAGAAAAAUUAUAGUUGCUUUUCAGGAUCAGAAUAUUGUCUUGCAAGACGGUAAAGUAACAGCAGUCAAAUCUACAGAAAGUAAGAAAUGUGAACUCAAUGCAAAUGCAUACUCCAUACAUACUGUUGGCCUGUACUUAAUUCUGAAAUUUCAAAAUGGAAUAAUCGUGAUUUGGGACAAAAAUACAAGACUGUCUGUUAUUCUGGAUCCAAACUGGAAUGGCAAAGUGUGUGGUCUUUGUGGAAAUAACAAUGGUGAUCUCAAGGAUGAUUUCACAACAAGAUACUCUUCAGUAGCUUCUGGAGCACUGGAAUUUGGGAAUAGUUGGAAAACAAGCCAAGAAUGUUCAGAUACAGUGGCUCAGACUUUCCCAUGUGAUUCAAACCCAUACUGUAAAGCCUGGGCUGUGCGGAAAUGUGAGAUCCUCAGAGACAGCACCUUCAGAGACUGCCACAACAAGGUUGACCCCAGUGCUUACUAUGAUGCGUGCAUUGAAGAAGCCUGUGCAUGUGAUAUGGAGGGGAAGUACCUGGGAUUCUGCACUGCCGUGGCUAUGUACGCAGAGGCGUGUAGUGCAGUUGGAGUCUGUGUCUCAUGGAGAAAACCAAAUCUGUGUCCUGUCUACUGUGAUUACUACAAUGCGCCUGGGGAAUGCAGAUGGCAUUAUGAACCUUGUGGCACAGUGACUGCAAAAACAUGCAAAGAUCAGCUCGUUGGCCAGAAAUUUUCUUCACUUUUAGAAGGUUGUUAUGCUAAGUGCCCAGAUAGUGCUCCUUACCUGGAUGAGAACACCAUGAAAUGUGUCAGUUUAUCUGAGUGCAGCUGUUUCUAUAAUGAUGUCAUACCAGCAGGGGGAGUGAUUGAAGAUAAUUGUGGAAGAACAUGCUACUGUAUUGCAGGGCAGUUGGAGUGCAGUGAAACUGCUCCUACCAAUUCAACAUUUGCAGUUUCCACUACAACAGCUACCACCAUAUUAAGCACCGGAGCAGCAGUUACACUGGUUACCGGUGGCCCAAGCACAGCAGCAUCCAUUCCAGCGAUUACAACAUCAAGCAGUGAAACAACAGGAACAACUCUAGGUCCUCUCACCGAACCUUUUACUACAGGCAUUAGUGAAACUUCAGUUCCCAUCAUCUCAACAUCUGGAAACACAAGCAUGACAGGAGUAGUGAGCCCCACCGUCACUGGUGCUUCAGGCAUGGCAGGAACAACUAGAGGAGUGGAUGCAGCCACCACUGGAGCUGCUAGUGAAAAUACAUCUGAGAGAGCAGGCACACCGAGGGUAUCUGGAGCAACCCCUGCAGUCGGAGGUGGCAGUACCCCUGGAGAAGCAGGCCCUGGAGCCACAGUUUCUGGAAGUACAGGAGUUUCUGCAGGCUCCACCACUGCCAGCCCUGGAGCCUCAGCCACAACCUCUGAAAGCAGCAAAUCAGGAACUACUGGACCCUCAGUGGGUGGAAAAACUGGAGCCACAAGCAGUGAAGCGACAUCAUAUGAAGGCAUGUCAGGUGUAACAGGACAGUCUCUUGGAUCUACUGCUGGAUCUGACAGUGAAAUCACAGCUAAAACAUCUUUCACUGGUUCCAGUCCACCUGGGAAACUCACCAGGCCAAGCCCGGGCUCACCUGGUCACUUUAGUGGUGGAACAACUGAAGGGGGAAAUGUAGCCACCACUGGAGCUGCUGGUGAAAACACUUCUGGAGCAUCGGGUUCAACAGAAGGGUCUGUGGAAGCCACCACCAGCGCAGGCAGUGGAAACACAGCUGGAACAUCAGGUACUGGGGACACUGGCCCUGGAAACACAGCAGUCUCAGGCACACCUGUGGUAUCACCUGGAGCAACUCCUGGAGCUCCAGGUAGCAGCACCCCUGGGGAAGCAGACAUUGGAACUACCAGUUUUGGAAAAUCAGGGACCCCAACAGUGUCUGCUGCCUCAACUACCAGUAGCCCUGUGAGUAAACACACCGAUGCAGCCUCAGCCACAGCAGUGACAAUCUCUGGAAGCAAACCAGGUACACCUGGAACACCAGGUGGUGCAACUAGUGGAGGCAAAAUUACAUCUGGAUGGUCCAGCAGUGGCGCCAGCACGGGCUCUUCAAAUACACCAGGGGCAACUGGAUCAUCAACCGGACAGACAGAGACAAGUGGACCAUCAGCUAAAGUAACAGGGAAUUAUGGACAAUCAUCUGAAAUACCAGGGACAACUAAAUCAUCAUCUGAUGUUUCAGGGACAAUGGGGCAAUCAGAUACAACAUCUGGACCAUCAGUUGCAGUGACAAGGACUUCUGAACAAUCGUCAGGAGUCACGGUGGCAUCUGAACCAUCAGUUGGAGUAUCAGGGACAACUGGACCAUUAGCUGAAAUAUCACGGACAACCAGACCAUUAGUUUCAGGAUUAAGGACAACUGGAUCAUCAGCUGAAGGAUCAGGGACAACUGGACCUUCAUCAAGAGAAUCAGUGACAACUAGACCAUUAGCUGAAGGUUCAGGGACAAGUGGACAAUCGGUUACAGGAUCAAGAACAACUGGAUUAUCAGCUACAGAAUUAGGGACAACUGUGUCUUUUACUGGAGGAUUAGGUACAAGUAGAUCUUCUGCUAGAGAAACACGGACAACUGGACCAUCAGCUGAUGGGUCAGGAACAACUGGACCAUCUGUUGUGAGAUCAAGGACAACUAGAUUAUCAGUUGGAGUGACAAAAGCAACUGAAUCAUCACCUGGAGUGACAGGAACAGCUACACCAUCAGCUGAAGAAUCCAGGACAACUGGACCAUCUGUUCUAGUGACAGGAACAACUGGACAAUCAGGCCAAGGAUCAGGGACAACUGGAAAAUCUUUUAUAGAAUCAGGACCAUCUGUUGUAGGAUCAGGGACAACAGGACCAACAUCUGCAGGAUUAGGAACAACUGCACCAUCAACCAGAAGAUCAAGCACAACAAAACCAUCAGUUGGAAGAACUGGGACAACUGAACAAUCAGGUGCAGAAUCAGGAACAACUGAACCAUCAGCUAGAGUGACAGAUGUAACUGGAACAUCAGCUGAAGUAUCAGGAAGAAUUGAACCAUCAGCUACAGAAUCAGGUACAAGUAGACCACUAGGUGAAAAAACAGGGACAACUAUACCAUCAACGGAAGGAUCAGAGGCAACUGGACCAUCUGUCAUUGGAUCAGAAACAACUAGACUAUCAGUUAUAGGAUCAGGGACAACUGGAACUUCAUCUGGAGGUUCAGGUGCAACAAGAUCAUCAGGUGGAGGAAUGGGGACAACUGGACAAUCAACUGCAAGAUCAGAAACAACUGGACCACUUUUUGGAUUGACAGGAACAUUUGGACAAUCUGCUACAGUGACUGGGACAUCUUCAAAUUCAGCUAGAGUGACAACAUCUGAAAAAUCACCUGGAGUGGCAAUGACAACAGGACUGUUGGUUGAAGGAUCAGCUACAACUCAACCACGUAUUUUAGAAUCAGAAACAACUGAAUCAUCAGCUGGAGUGACAGUGACAUCUGGACAAUCAGCCAGAGUGACUGGGGCAACUGGACCAUCAGCUGGAGAGACAGGAACAACUGAACCAUCAACUAAAGGAUCAGUUGCAACUGUAUUAUUUGUUAUUGGAUCAGAAACAACUAGACCAUUAGAUAUAGGAUCAGGGACAACUGGAACUUUAUCUGGAGGUUCAACUACAACAAGAUCAUCAGGUGGAACAACAGGGACAACCAGAAAAUCAACUGCAAGAUCAGAAACAACUGGACCACUUUCUGGAUUGACAAGAACAUCUGGGCAAUUGGCUGGAGUGACUGGGACAUCUUCAAAAUCAGCUGGAGUAACAGUGACAUCUGAAAAAUCAGCUGGAGUUGCAGUGACAACAGGAUCAUUUGUUGAAAGACCAGUCACAACUGGACCACCUCUUUUAGAAUCAGAGACAACUAGACCAUCAGGUGGAGUAACAGUGACAUCUGGACAAUCAGCCAGAGUGACUGAAACAGUUGGAGCAUCAGCUGGAGUGAUAGGAACAACUGGACCAUCAACUGAAGGAUCAGGGGCAACUGGACCAUCUGUUGUGGGAUCAGGAACAACUAGACCAUUAGCUGGUGAAUCAGGUACAACUGAGUCAUCAGCUGGAGCGACAGGGACAAGGCCAUCAUCAUCAAGAGAAUCAGCAAGAACUGGACCAUCAGAUGAAGGAUCAGGAACAACUGGACUAUCAGCUGGAGUGACAGUGACAUCUGGACAAUCAGUUAGAAAGACUGGGACAACUGGAGCACCAGCUGGAGUUACAGAAACAACAAGACCAUCUGUUGUCAAAUCAGGGACAACUGGACCAUCUGUUAUAGGAACAAGGACAACUGGAACUUCAUCUGGAGGAUCAGGUGCAACAAGAUCAUCAGGUGGAGAAACAGAGACAACUGGCCAAUCAGCUGUAAAAUCAGGGACAAUAGAAUCAUUUACUGGGUUGACAAGAACAUCUGGGCAAUCAGCUGGAAUGACUGAGACAUCUGCACAAUCAGCUGGAGUGGCACUAACAAGUCCUUUUGUUGAAGGAUUAGUGACAACUGGAUCAUCUACUGUAGGAUUAGAGACAACUAGACCUUCAGCUGUAGGAUCAGGAACAACUGGACCUCCUGUUGUAAAAGCACAGACAACUGGACCAUCAGCUGGAGUGACAGUGACAUCUGGACAAUCAGCUAGAAUGACUGGGGCAAGUGGACCAUCAGUAGGAGUGACAGGAACAACUGGACCAGCAAGUAAAGGAUUAGGGACAAUUAGACCAUCUGUUGUAGGAUUAGAGACUACUGAACUAUCAGCUGAAGGAUCAGGGACAACUGGAUCACCUAUUGUAGGAGAGACAACUGUACCAUCAGCUGGAGUGACAGUUACAUCUGGAUACUCAGAUAGAGUGACUGGGGCAACUGAACCAUUGGCUGAAGUAACAGGAACCAUUAAACCAUCUGUUGUAGGAUCAGUGACAACUGGACCAUCUGUUACAGGAGUAGAGACAACUGCAAAAACUUCAUCUGGAGGAUUAAGUACAACUAUAUCAUCAGUUGGAGGAACAGGGACCACUGGACAAUCACCUGAAAGAUCAGGGACAACAGGACCAUUUACUGGAUUGACAGGGACAUCUGCACAAUCAGCUGGAGUGACAAUGACAUCUAUCCAAUCAGCUGGAGUGCUAGUAACAACAGGACUAAAUGUUGAUGGCUUAGGGACAACUGGAAAAGCUCUUAUAGGAUCAGGAACAACUGGAUUAUCAGCUGAAGCUACAGGGGCAAUUGGACCAUCAACUGAAGGAUUAGAGAAAACUGGACCAUCUAUUACUGGAUCAGGAACAACCAGACCAUUAGUUACAGAAUCAUGGACAGCUGGAACUUCAUCUGGAGGACAUAGUACAACAAGUCCAUCAGUUAGAGGAACAGAGACAACUGGACAAUCAGCUGCAGAAUCAGUGACAACAGGGCCAGUUACGGGAUACACAGAAACCUCUGGUCCAUCAGCUGGAGUGACAGUGACACCUAGGCAAUCACCUACGGUAACUCAGACAACUGGAUCAUCAGCUGCAAUAUCAGGGACAACUGUACAAUCUCUUACAGUAUCAGGGACCACUAGACCAUCAUCUGGACAAACAGAAAUAACUGGAUCAUCAGUUAAAGAAUCAGGUACAACUGAAUCAUCAGCUGUAAGGUCAGGGACUACUGGACCAUCAGCUGGAGUGACAAGGACAACUGGACUGUCAGCUGGAGAGACAGGGACAACUGGACUAUCACCUGGAGUGACGGGGACAACAAGAUCAUCAUCUGGUCUAACAGGGAAAACAGGACUAUCAGCUGGGGUGACAGGGACAACUGGACUGUCAGCUGAAGUGACAGGGACAACUAGACUAUCAGCUGGAGUGACAGGGACAACUGGACCAUCACCUGGAGUAACAGGUACAACUGGACCACCAGCUGGGGUUACAGGGACAACUGAACUAUCAGCUAGAGUGACAGGGAAAACUAGAUCAUCAGCUGGAGUGACAGGGACAACAGGACUAUCAUCUGAAGUGACAGAAAAAACCGGAUUAUCAUAUGGGGUGAAAGGGACAACUGGACUAUCAGCUGGGGUGACAGGGACAAUUGGAUCAUCAGCUGGAGUGGCAGGGACAGCAAGACUAUCAGCUGGAGUGACAGGGACAAGUGGACAAUCAGUUGGAGUGGCAGGGACAACUACACUAUCAGCUGAAGUGACAGGGACAAAUAGACCAUCAGCUGGGGUAACAGGGACAACAGGACUAUCAGCUGAAGUGACAGAGAUAACUGGAAUAUCAGCUGUGGUGACAGGGAAAACUGGACCAUCAGCUGGGGUGACAGAGACAACUGGAUCAUCAGCUGGAGUGGCAGGGACAACAAGACUAUCAGCUGGAGUGACAGGGAUAACUGGACUAUCAGCUGGAGUGACAGGGACAACUGGACUGUCAACUGAAGUGACAGGGACAACUGGACUAUCAGCUGGAGUGACAGGGACAACUGGACUGUCAACUGAAGUGACAGGGACAACUGGACCAUCAGCUGGGGUGACAGGGACAACUGGACUAUCAGUUGGAGUGACUGGGAUAACUGGGCUAUCAGAUGUAGUGACAGAGACAAGUGGAUCAUCUGCAAGAUCAGGGACAAGUAUACCAUCAGUGGGAGAAACAAGAACAGCUAGCACAUCAGUUGAAGAAUUGAGGACAACUAGACCAUCAGCUGGAAUAACGGGUACAAAUGGACUACCAGCUGAAGUGACAGGGACAACUGAACCAUUAGCUGGAGUGACAGGGACAACUGGAAUAUCAGCUGGGGUGACAGGGACAACUGGACUAUCAGCUGGGGAGACAGGGAAAACUGGAUCAUCAGCUGGGGUGACAGGGAAAACUGGAUCAUCAGCAAGAGUGACAGGAAAAACUGGACCAUCAGCAGAAGUAACAGGGAAAACUGGACUAUCAGCUAGAGUGACGGGGACAACUGGACUAUCAGCUGGCAUGACGGGGACAAGUGGACUGUCAGCUGAAGUGACACGGACAACUGGCCCAUCAGCUGAAGCUACAGGGCUACCUGGAGUAUCAGCUGGGGUGACACGGACAAUUGGAUCACUAGCUGGAGGGACAGGGACAAUUGGACUAUCAGCUGGGGUGACAGGGACAAUUGGAUCAUCAACUGGAGUGACAGGGACAACUGGACUAUCAGCUGGGGUGACAGGGAUAGCUGGACUCUCAGCUGGGGUGACAGGGAUAACUGGACCAUCAGCUGGAGUGACAGGGACAACUACAGUAUCAGCUGGAGUAACAGGGACAACUGGACUAUCAGCUGAAGCAACAGAGAUAACUGGACUAUCAGCUGGGGUGACAGGGACAACUGGACUAUCUGCUGGGGUGACAGAGACAAUUGGACUAUCAGCUGGGGUGACAGGGACAAUUGGAUCAUCAGCUGGGGUAACAGGGAUAACUGGACUAUCAGCUGGAGUGACAGGGACAACUGGACCAUCAGCUGGUGUGACAGGGUCAACUGGACUAUUAGCUGGGGUGACAGAGACAACUGGACAGUCAGCUAAAGUGACAGGGACAACUGGACAAUCUAUUGGAGUGACAGGGACAACUAGAUCAUCAGGUGGAGUGACAAGGAUAACUGGACUAUCAGCUGCAGUGACAGGGACAAAUGGACUAUCAGCUGUGGUGACAGGGAUGACUGGACUAUCAGCUGAAGUAACAGGGACAACUGGACUAUCAGUUGGAGUGACAGGGAUAGCUGGACUCUCAGCUGGGGUGACAGGGAUAACUGGACCAUCAGCUGGAAUAACAGGGACAACUACCGUAUCAGCUGGAGUAACAGGGACAACUGGACUAUCAGCUGAAGCAACAGGGAUAACUGGACUAUCGGCUGGGGUGACAGGGAAAACUGGACUAUCUGCUGGAGUGACAGAGACAAUUGGACUAUCAGCUGAAGCGACAGGGACAAUUGGAUCAUCAGCUGGGGUGACAGGGACAACUGGAUCAUCAACUGGGGUGAAAGGGAUAACUGGAUUAUCAGCUGGAGUGACAGGGACAACUGGACUGUCAACUGAAGUGACAGGAACAACUGGACCAUCAGCUGGGGUGACAAGGACUACUGGACUAUCAGCUGGAGUGACUGGGAUAACUGGGCUGUCAGCUAUAGUGACAGAGACAACUGGAUCAUCUGCAAGAUCAGGGACAAGUAUCCCAUCAGUUGGAGAAACAGGAACAACUAGAACAUCAGUUGAAGAAUCAAGGACAACUAGACCAUCAGCUGGAAUAACGGGUACAAAUGGACUAUCAGCUGAAGUGACAGGGACAAUUGGACCAUUAGCUGGAGGGACAGGGGCAACUGGACUAUCAGCUGGGGUGACAGGAACAAUUGGAUCAUCAGCUGUGGUGACAGGGAAAACUGGACUAUCAGCUGUAGUCACAGGGACAACUGGACCAUCAGCUGAAGAGACAGGGGCAACUGGACCAUCAGCAGAAGUGACAGGGACAACUGGACCAUCAGCUGGGGUGACAGGGACAGGUAGACUAUCAGCUGAAGUGACAGGGACAACUGGCCCACCAGCUGAAGUGACAGGGCUACCUGGAGAAUCAGCUGGGGUGACAGGGACAAUUGGAUCACCAGCUGGAGUGACAGGGACAACUCGGCUAUCAGCUGUGGUGACAGGGAUAACUGGACUAUCAGCUGAGGUGACAAGGACAACAGGACUAUCAGCUGGGGUGACAGGGACAACUGGACUAUCAGCUGAAGUGACAGGGACAACCAGACCAUCAGCUGAAGUGACAGGGACAACCAGACCAUCAGCUGAAGUGACAGGGACAACCAGACCAUCAGCUGAAGUGACAGGGACAACCAGACCAUCAGCUGAAGUGACAGGGACAACCGAACCAUCAGCUGGGUUGACAGAGACAACUGGAUCAUCAACUGGGGUGACAGGGGCAACUGGAACAUUAGCUGGAGUGACAGGGACAACUGGAAUAUCAACUGAAGUGAUAGGGACAAUAGGACCAUCAGCUGGCGUGACAGGGACAACUGGACUAUCAGCUGGAGUGACUGGGAUAACUGGGCUAUCAGCUAUAGUGACAGAGACAACUGGAUCAUCUGCAAGAUCAGGGACAAGUAUACCAUCAGUUGGAGAAACAGGAACAACUAGAACAUCAGUUGAAGAAUCAAGGACAACUAGACCAUCAGCUGGAAUAACAGGUACAAAUGGACAAUCAGCUGAAGUGACAGGGAUAACUGGACCAUUAGCUGGAGUGACAGGGACAACUGGAAUAUCAGCUGGGGUGACAGGGACAACUGGACUAUCAGCUGGGGUGACAGGGACUAUUGGAUCAUCAGCUGUGGUGACAGGGAUAAAUGGACUAUCAGCAGGAGUGACAGGGACAACUGGACCAUCAGCUGAAGUCACAGGGACAACUGGACCAUCAGGUGGAGUGACAGGGACAAGUGGACCAUCAGGUGGAGUGACAAGGACAACUGGCCCAUCAGCUGAAGUGACAGGGCUACCUGGAGUAUCAGCUGGGGUGACAGGGACAAUUGGAUCACCAGUUGGAGUGACAGGGACAACUCUGCUAUCAGCUGUGGUGACGGGGAUAAGUAGACUAUCAGCUGAGGUGACAGGGACAACUGGACUAUCAGCUGGGGUGACAGGGAUAGCUGGACUCUCAUCUGGGGUGACAGAGACAAUUGGACUAUCAGCUGGAGUGACAGGGACAAUUGGACCAUCAGCUGGGGUGACAGGUACAAAUGGACUAUCAGCUGAAGUGACAGGGACAACUGGACCAUCAGCUGGGGUGUCAGGGACAACUGGACUAUCAGCUGAAGUGACAGGGAUAACUGGACUAUCAGCUGUGGUGACAAGGACAACUGGGCCAUCAGCUGUGACAGAGACAACUGGAUCAACUGGGGUGACAAGCAUAACUGGACUAUCAGCUGGAGUGACAGGGACAACUGGAUUGUCGGCUGAAGUGACAGGGACAAUUGGACUAUCAGCUGGAGUGACUGGGAUAACUGGGCUGUCAGCUAUAGUGACAGAGACAACUGGAUCAUCUGCAAGAUCAGGGACAAGUAUACCAUCAGUUGGAGAAACAGGGACAACUAGAACGUCAGUUGAAGAAUCAAGGGCAACUAGACCAUCAGCUGGAAUAACAGGUACAAAUGGACUAUCAGCUGAAGAGACAGGGACAACUGGACCAUUAGCUGGAGGGACAGGGACAACUGGACUGUCAGCUGGGGUGACAGGGACAACUGGGCUAUCAGCUGGGGUGACAGGGACAAUUGGAUCAUCAGCUGUGGUGACAGGGACAACUGGACUAUCAGCAGGAGUGACAGGGACAACUGGACCAUCAGCUGGAAUAACAGGUACAAAUGGACUAUCAGCUGAAGUGACAGGGACAACUGGACCAUUAGCUGGAGUGACAGAAACAACUGGACUAUCAGCUGAAGUGACAGGGACAACUGGACUAUCAGCUAGGGUGACAGGGACAACUGGACUAUCAGCUGGGGUGACAGGGACAACUGGACUAUCAGCUGUGGUGACAGAGAGUACUGGACUAUCAGCUGGGGUGACAGGGACAACUGGAUCAUCAGCUGUGGUGACAGGUAUAAAUGGACUAUCAGCAGGAGUGACAGGGACAACUGGACCAUCAGCCGAAGAGACAGGGGCAACUGGACCAUCAGCUGAAGUCACAGGGACAACUGGACCAUCAGGUGGAGUGACAGGGACAAGUGGACUAUCAGCUGAAGUGACAGGAACAACUGGCCCAUCAGCUGAAGUGACAGGGCUACCUGGAGUAUCAGCUGGGGUGACAGGGACAAUUGGGUCACCAGCUGCAGUGACAGGGACAACUCGGCCAUCAGCUGUGGUGACAGGGAUAACUGGACUAUCAGCUGAGGUGACAGGGACAACUGGACUAUCAGCUGGGGUGACAGGGAUAGCUGGACUCUCAGCUGGGGUGACAGGGACAAUUGGAUCAUCAGCUGUGGUGACAGGUACAAAUGGACUAUCAGCUGAAGCAACAGGGACAACUGGACCAUCAGCUGGAGUGACAGGGACAACUGGACUAUCAGCUGGAGUGACAGAGACAACUGGACUAUCAGCUGGGGUGACAGGGAGAAUUAGAUCAUCAGCUGUGGUGACAGGGACAACUGGACUAUCAGCUGGAGUGACAGGGACAACUGAACCAUCAGCUGGAACAACAGGUACAAAUGGACUAUCAGCUGAAGUGACAGGGACAAUUGGACUAUCAGCUGGGGUGACAGGGACAGCUGGACUAUCAGCUGGGGUGACAGAGAGUACUGGACUAUCAGCUGGGGUGACAGGGACAAUUGGAUCAUCAGCUGUGGUGACAGGGACAACUGGACUAUCAGCUGAAGUGACAGGGACAACUGGACCAUUAGCUGGAAUAACAGGCACAAAUGGACUAUCAGCUGAAGUGACAGGGACAACUGGACCAUUAGCUGGAGUGACAGGGACAACUGGACUAUCAGCUGGGGUGACAGGGACAACUGGACUAUCAGCUAGGGUGACAGAGAGUCCUGGACUAUCAGCUGGGGUGACAGGGACAAUUGGAUCAUCAGCUGUGGUGACAGGUAUAAAUGGACUAUCAGCAGGAGUGACAGGGACAACUGGACCAUCAGCCGAAGAGACAGGGGCAACUGGACCAUCAGCUGAAGUCACAGGGACAACUGGACCAUCAGCUGAAGUGACAGGAACAACUGGCCCAUCAGCUGAAGUGACAGGGCUACCUGGAGUAUCAGCUGGGGUGACAGGGACAAUUGGGUCACCAGCUGCAGUGACAGGGACAACUCGGCCAUCAGCUGUGGUGACAGGGAUAACUGGACUAUCAGCUGAGGUGACAGGGACAACUGGACUAUCAGCUGGGGUGACAGGGAUAGCUGGACUCUCAGCUGGGGUGACAGGGACAAUUGGAUCAUCAGCUGUGGUGACAGGUACAAAUGGACUAUCAGCUGAAGCAACAGGGACAACUGGACCAUCAGCUGGAGUGACAGGGACAACUGGACUAUCAGCUGGAGUGACAGAGACAACUGGACUAUCAGCUGGGGUGACAGGGAGAAUUAGAUCAUCAGCUGUGGUGACAGGGACAACUGGACUAUCAGCUGGAGUGACAGGGACAACUGAACCAUCAGCUGGAACAACAGGUACAAAUGGACUAUCAGCUGAAGUGACAGGGACAAUUGGACUAUCAGCUGGGGUGACAGGGACAGCUGGACUAUCAGCUGGGGUGACAGAGAGUACUGGACUAUCAGCUGGGGUGACAGGGACAAUUGGAUCAUCAGCUGUGGUGAAAGGGACAACUGGACUAUCAGCAGGAGUGACAGGGACAACUAGACCAUCAGCUGGAAUAACAGGCACAAAUGGACUAUCAGCUGAAGUGACAGGGACAACUGGACUAUCCCCUGAAGCAACAGAGAUAACUGGACUAUCAGCUGGGGUGACAGGGACAACUGGACUAUCUGCUGGGGUGACAGAGACAACUGGACUAUCAGCUGGGGUGACAGGGACUAUUGGAUCAUCAGUUGGAGUGACAGGGACAACUGGACCAUUAGCUGCUGUGACUGGGUCAGCUGGACUAUCAGCUGGGGUGACAGGGACAACUGGACAGUCAGCUGAAGUGACAGGGGCAACUGGACAAUCUGUUGGAGUGACAGGGACAACUAGAUCAUCAGGUGGAGUGACAGGGAUAACUGGACUAUCAGCAGGAUUGAGAGGGACAACUGUUUCAUCUGCAAAAUUAGGGACAAGUAUACCAUUAACUGGAAAAACAGGAACAACUAGAACAUCAGUUGAAGAAUCAACGACAACUGGACCAUCAGCUGGAAUAACAGGUACAAAUGGACUAUCAGCUGAAACGACAGGGACAAAUGAACUAUCAGCUGGGGUGACAGGGACAAUUGGAUCAUCAGCUAGAGUGACAGGGACAACUGGACUGUCAGUUGAAGCAACAGUGACAACUGGACUAUCAGCUGGAGUGACAGGGACAACUGUCCCAUUAGCUGGGGUAACAGGGACAACUGGACCAUCCGCUGGAGUGACAGGAAUAGCUGCACUAUCAGCUGGAGUGACAGGGAAAAGUGGACUAUCAGCUGGAGUGACAGGGAAAACAGGACUAUCAGCUGGAGUGACAGGGACAACUGGACCGUCAGCUGAAGCAACAGGGAAAACUGGACUAUCAGCUGGAGUGACAGGGAUCACUGGACCAUUUGCUGAAGUGACAGGGACAACUGGAUUAUCAGCUGGGGUGACAGGGACCACUGGAUCAUCAGCUGAAGUGACAGGAAUAACUGGACUAUCAGCUGGGGUGACAGGGAAAACUAGAUCAUCAGCUGGGGUGACAGGGACAACUGGAUUAUCUGCAAAAUCUGGGACAAGUAUACCAUCAGCUGGAAAAACAGGAACAACAAAAACAUCAGUUGAAGAAUCAAGGACAACUAGACCAUCAGCUGGAAUAACAGCUACAACUGGAGUGCCUGCUGCAACUUCCCCAGGAGCUGAAGGUGAAAGCAUAGCUUCCACGUCAGUUGCCACGGGAGCCAUCCCUCGGUCAACAAUUGCACCAGGAAGUACCACUACUGGUACCACCGGGGUAACCACUGGCACAACUCUUGCCCCUAGAAGUUUCAACAUAGGAACUUCUGGUGGAAUUUCUGGGAAAACCCUCAAACCUGGAAGUUAUGUCUCAGAGGCUACAACUGCUACAGGGACUCCUGGAGCAGGACCGUCAGGAGGCACCACUAUCAUUUCUCCUGAAGUCAGUACCAUUUCAGAAGUUUCCAACACAGGUAUCACUGGAGUAGGCUCUGAGACAUCUGUUGAAACAGGAAUUUCCAACACAGCUACGACUGGGGUGGCUCCUGGCACAACCCUUGCCCCUGGCAGUUCCAGUACAGAGGCCACAACUUCCAUAGGAGGAAGUGCAUCAACAAGAGGAGGAAUAGCCACAGAAGCCACAGGUUCCACAAGAGGGGUCAGGACCACCGGAUCAGAAGCUCCAGAAGGUACUUCUGGAGAAUUCUCUGGGACAACCAUUUCAUCUGGAGGCUUCCACACAGAAGCCACAACUCUCACAGGAGGUCGGGGCAGUAUUGGAACUGAAUCCAGAGCAGAGUCCACAACUUCCCUAUCACAAAGUGCAAAAACAAGAGGUGGAAUACUGACAGAGGCCACAAGUUCCACAGGAGGGAUCAGGGCGACCGGAUCAGAAGCUCCAGGAGGUACCUCCGGUAAAUUCUCUGGGACAACCAUUUCAUCUGGAGGUUCCCACACAGAGGUCACAACUCUCGCAGGUGGCAGGGACAGCACUGAAAGUGAAUUCAGAACAGCCACCAUUGGAGUAGUUCCUGCUACAACUGUUGCUCCUGGCAGUUCCAAGACAGAGGCCACCACUUUCCUAGGAGUAAGUGGAAAAACAAGUGUUGGAAGAGCCACGGGGGCCACAACUUCCAUAGUAGGGAGUGACACCAGCCAAGCAGAACGUCCAGGAGGUACUUCUGGUGAAUUCCCAGGAACAACCAUUACAUCUGGAGAUUCCCACGCAGAGGCCACAGCUCUAACAGGAAGCAGGGGCAGUAUUGAAACUGAAUCCACAGUAGAGACCACAACAUACAUUGGAGAAAGUGGGACCACAAGAGGUGGAUUAGCCACAGCUACCACUGGGGCAUUCUCUGGAAAGACUCUGGAACCUGGGAAUGACAACACAGAGGCCACAGGUUCCACAGGAGGGAUCAGGGCCACCAGAACAGAAGCUCCAGGAGGUACCUCUGGUGAAUUCCCAGGGACAACGUUUACAUCUGGAGGUCCCCACACAGAGGCCACAACUUUCACAGGAGGCAAGGGCAGUACUGGAACUGAAUCCAGAGCAGCCACCACUAGGGCAGCUCCUGGCACAACUCUUGUCCCUGGCAGUUCCAAUACAGGGGCCACAGCUUCCCUAGGUGGAAGUGCAACGACAAGAGGUAGAAUAACCACCGCUACCACUGGGGCUUUCUCUGGAAAGACUCUGGAAUCUGAGAAUGACAACACAGAGGCCACAAGUUCUACCAGAGGGGUAAGGACCACCAGGUCAGAAGCUCCAGGAGGUACUUCUGGUGAAUUCCCUGGGACAAGAAUUACAUCUGGAGUUUCCUACACAGCCACCACCAGGGCAGCUCCUGGCACAACUCUUGCCCCUGGCAGUUCCAACACGGGGGCCACAGCGUCCCUAGGUGGAAGUGCAAUGACAAGAGGUAGAAUAACCACUGCUACCACUGGGGCUUCCUCUGGAAAGACUCUGGAACCUGGGAACAAAAACACAGAGGCCACAAGUUCCACCAGAGGGAUCAGGACCACCAGAUCAGAAGCUCCAGGAGAGGCCACAACUCUCACAGGAGACAGGAGCAGUACCGGAAGUGAAUCCAGAACAGCCACCACUGGAGUAGCUCCUGGCACAACUAUUGCCCCUGGCAGUUCCAAGACAGAGGCCACCACUUUCCUAGGAGUAAGUGGAACAACAAGCAUUGGAAGAGCCACGGGUGCCACAACUUCCAUAGUAGGGAGUGACACCAGCCAAGCAGAACGUCCAGGAGGUACAACUGUGGUUUCACCUGGAGCCAGCAGCAGUUCACAGAACUCCAGGCCAGGCACCUCUGUCACACCAGAGAGUUCAGCAUCUGAAAGUGAAACAGUUACUACAAAAGAAUUCUCUGGGACAACUGCUAUAUCUAGAACUUCCCACACCGGCACCCCUGCAGCCUCAGGAGGCCAAGCAACUGGCAGCCUGACAGCCACCACUGGGGUAGCUCCUGGCACAACUGUUGCACCUGGCAGUUCCAACACAGAGGCCACAACUUCUGUAGGAGAAAGAGAAACAACAAAAGCUGAAAUAAUCACAGGUGCCACUGGAGAAUUAUCUGGAACAACCAUUAUAUCUGAAAAUUCCACCACAGCAGGCAUCACUGCAGCAACAGGGAAGCAAGCAGGCACCUCGGAGGUAGCUCCUUCCACAACAGUUGCCCCAGGAAGUUUCAGCACAGCAGCCACAACUUCUCCUGGAGCAAGUGGAAUGACUGGGGUUACAACAACUACAAAGACAACUUCCCUAGGAGGAAGUGGCACCACUGGAGCAGAAAUAAAAUCAGCCACCACUGGAGCACCAGGAAGUAGGACAGGCACAGCUGGAGUGCCCUCUGCGGCAACAGUCUCCCCUGGGAGCUCCAACUCAGAGGCCACAACUUCUGUAGGAGAAAGUGGAAAAACAGGAGCUGAAACAAUCACAGAGGCCACCACUUCCACAGAAGGGACUGGUACUUCUGGAACUGGAUUCAAAACUGGCACCUCAGAGGUAGCUCCUGCCACAACAGUUACCCCAGGAAGUUUCAGCAUAGCAGCCACAACUUCUCCUGGAGCAAGUGGAAUGACUGGGGUUACAACAACUACAAAGACUACAACCUCCCUAGAAGGAAGUGGCACCACUGGAGCAGAAAUAAAAUUAGUAGGAACCACCACUACAGCACCAGAAAGUAGGACAGCUGGAGUGCCCUCUGGUACAAGAGUCACCCCUAGGAGCUCCAGCUCAGAGGCCACAACUUCUGUAGAAGAAAGCAGAAUAACAAGAGCUGAAGUAAUCACAGAGGCCACAACUUUCUCAGGGGGCAGCGGGGCCACCCGAGCAGGAUUACCCAGAGGUACCACUGGAGAAUUUUCUGGAACGACCAUUAUAUCUGGAAGUUCUAACACAGAGGCCACCACUUCCACAGAAGGGACAGGUACUUCUGGAACUGGAUUCAAAAUUGCAGGCAUCACUUCUGCCCCAGGGAAACAAGCAGGCACCUCUGGGGUAUCUCUUGCCACAACAGUUGCCCCUGGAAGUUUCAGCACAGCCACAACUUCUUCUGGAGCAAGUGGAAUAACUGGGGCUGGCCCCACCUCAGAGACCACAACUUCCCUAGGAGGAAGUGGUACCACUGGAGCAGAAAUAAAAUCAGCUGCAGUGCCCUCUGGUACAACAGUUGCCCCUGGGAGCUCCAACUCAGAAGCCACAACUUCUGUAGGAGAAAAUGGAAAAACAAGAGGUGAAAUAAUCACAGGUACUACUGAGGGCACCUCUGGCAAAGUUCUGGAACCUGGAAGUGCCCACACAGAGGCCACAACUUUCCCAGGAGGCAGUGGGACUACCCGAGCAGGACCGCCAGGAGGUACCACUGGAGAAUUGUCUAGAAUGACCAUUAUACCUGGAAGUUCUAACACAGAGGCCACAACUUCCACAAAAGGGACUGGUACUUCUGGAACUGGCUUCAAAACUGGCACCUCUGGGGUGGCGCCUGGCACAACACUUUCCCCUGGAAGUUUCAGCACAGCCACAAUUUCCCCUGGAGCAAGUAGAACGACUGGGGCUGGACCUGCUGCAGAAACCACAACUUCCCUAGAAGGAGGUGGCACCACUGGAGCAGAAAUAAAAUCAGGAGCCACCUCCGGAGUACCGGGAAGUAAGACAGGCACAGCUGGAGUGCCCUCUGCUACAACAAUUGCCCCUAGGAGCUCCAACUCAGAGGCCAUGACUUCUUUAGGAGAAAGUGGAAAAACAAGAGCUGAAACAAUCACAGGUACUACUGACGGUAAAACUCUGGCAGCUGGAAGUGCCCACACAGAGGCCACAACUUUCUCAGGAGGCAGCGGGACCACCCGAGCAGGACCACCGGGCGGCACUUCUGGCACAUCAGGAGGAUAUGUCCCUGGAAGGGAAACAGAGCCCACAACUUCCAUUGAAGAAACUGGAACUUCCAGAACUAUAUUCAAAACUGUAGGCAUCACUUCAGCCCCAGGGAGGCAAGCAGGCACCUCUGUGGUGGCGCCUAGCACAACAGUUGCCCCUGGAAGGUUCAGCACAGCAGCCACAACUUCUCCUGGAGCAAGUGGAAUGACUGGGGUUAGAACCACUUCAAAGACUACAACUUCCCUAGGUGGAACUGGCACCACUAGAACUGAAAUAAAAUCAGGAGCCACCACUAGAGCACCAGGAAUUAAGACAGAUAUCAUGGGAGAAUCUUCUAGAACGACCAUUCUAUCUGGAAGUUCUAACACAGAGGCCACAAAUUCCAUUGAAGAGACUGGUACUUCUGGAACUGGAUUCAAAACCGCAGGCAUCACUGCAGCACCAGGAAAGCAAGCAGGCACCUCUGGGGUGGCACCUGGCACAACAGUUGCCCCUGGAAGUUUCAGCACAGCAGCUACAACUUCUCCUGGAGCAAGUGGAGUGACUGGCACUGGACCCACUGCAGAGACCACAACUUUCCUAGGAGGAAGUAGCACCACUGGAGCAGAAAUAAAAUCAGGAGCCACCACUGGAGCACCAGGAAGUAAGACAGGCACAGCUAAAGUGCUCUCUGGUACGACAGUUGCCCCUGGGAGCUCCAACUCAGAGGCUACAACUUUCUCUGGAAUCACUGAAGCAGUAACAGUCCCAAGUAAAAAUGGAUCUAUGACCACUGCACUGGGGAGCCAACUCUCCAGCAGUCAAAUAGUGAUUCCAGGUUCCAGUGGCACCAUCUCUCACACAACUGUUGCACCUGGAAGUUCUGUUACAGGAACCACCACUGGUGCAUCAGAUGAUCAAGUCACUGGAAGUAAAACAGGCACUACUGGUGUGGCCUUGAGCACAACUGUUGCACCUGGAAGUUCCAGUACAGAAGCCACAACUUCCACAGGAGUCAAUAGAACCACUGUAGUGGGACGGAAGACAGGAGCUACCACUAGAGGGUCAGCAAAGCAAGGAAUUAGAAGCACAAUAGAAGCUACGACGUCCUUUAGAGGCACUGGGACCACAGGAAGUGGAAUGAAUACAGGUACUACUGUAGUGGUCUCUGGCAACACCAUCUCACCUAGCAGUUUCAACACAGAAGCUACCAGUGGCACAUCUGAGAGGCCAAACCCUGGAAGUGAAAUAGGCAUCACUGGCAUAGUCUCUGGCACAACAGUUGCACCUGGAAGUUCCAACACAGAAGCCACAACUUCUUUGGGCAAUGGUGGAACCACUGAGGCUGGAAGUAAAAUAGUUACCACUGGGAUAACUACUGGCACGACCAUUGUACCUGGGAGUUUCAACACAAAGGCUACGACUUCUACAGACAUUGGAGUUGCCACUGGAGUUGGAAUGGCAACUGGGAUCACCAACAUAAUUUCAGGGAGAAGCCAACCUACUGGAAGUAAAACAGGCUACACUGUAACAGGCUCUGGAACAAUAGCCUUACCUGGAGGUUUCAGAACAGGCAAUACCCCAGGAUCAACAGGAGUCACCAGCAGCCAAGAAGGAACCACUGUGGUAUCAAGUGGAAUCACUGGAAUCCCAGAAACUUCCAUCUCAGGUCCUUCCAAGGAAGCAUCUGACAAAACCACUGCUCCUGGACCUCCUACCACAAUCACUGCUUCCACAGGAGUCAAAGAAACUUCUGAAACUGGAGUGCAAACAGGCUCCACCUUGGUUACAGCUGGAGUGCCAACAAGACCACAAGUAUCCCAGCCAGAAACCACUGUCGUGGCAACCAGAGAAGUAGAAACUGAAAAUAAAACAGAAUGUCUAGCCUCACUUCCACCAGCUCCAGUUUGUCACGGUCCAUUGGGAGAAGAGAAAUCUCCUGGAGACAUAUGGACUGCCAGUUGCCACAGAUGUACCUGUACUGAUGCAAAGACUAUAGACUGUAAACCUGAGGAGUGCCCUUCUCCACCCACAUGCAAAACCGGCGAGAAGCUUGUGAAGUUCCAAUCUAAUGACACCUGCUGUGAAAUCGGAUACUGUGAACCAAGAACAUGUUUAUUUAACAAUACUGACUAUGAGAUUGGUGCUUCAUUCGAUGACCCCAGCAACCCCUGUGUCUCCUACUCCUGCAAAGACACUGGCUUUGCUGCAGUAGUCCAGGACUGCCCAAAGCAGACCUGGUGUGCAGAAGUAAACAGAAUCUAUGAUUCAAAAAAAUGUUGCUAUACAUGUAAGAAUAAUUGCAGAUCUUCCCUUGUAAAUGUGACUGUUAUCUACAGUGGUUGCAAGAAAAGAGUUCAGAUGGCAAAAUGCACAGGGGAAUGUGAAAAGACUGCCAAGUACAAUUAUGAUAUCUUACUCUUGGAACAUUCAUGCCUUUGCUGCCGAGAAGAAAACUAUGAACUAAGAGACAUUGUACUUGACUGUCCUGAUGGCAGUACAAUCCCUUACCAAUACAGGCAUAUCACGACCUGCUCUUGUUUAGACAUAUGCCAACCAUAUACGACCUUCAUGUACAGUUAAUGCUGACAUCACCUUCCCAGUUUUAACAGGCCUGGUAUUUAUUUUAUAAGUGAGGAAAAAUAAUCAUUUAAAAAGUGAGAAUAAACUAAACAAUGUGAGAAUAACUCAAAACAAUGAGUUCUCAUUGUGAGGAAUUUUGUUCUCUUGUUGACUGGAUCUGAAAAAUAAACACAACUU